UAUCAAUUGUCAAGUUUUUUUCGCAUCGCUGCUUUCGGCUUCUUGGAUGUUUUGGUGAUAUUAUUGAUUGUUUGAUUAUUUUAUUACUAAUUCUGUGUGAAAACAUUCAAAAACUGCUCGUUAUAACAUACAGUGCUACCUUGUGAAGCGAAAUAUUAAAUUACUGUUGAAUUCUCACUAUGAUACCGAAUGAAAUCUUCGCCGAAGAUAUGAUGAGUACAGUGAUUCGAUACGGCCUCUAUAUUGGAGCUGCAUUCCAAUUAAUCUGCUUGUUAGCUUGUGUAACACUUACUGAUGAACAGAGCGAAUCUCAUCCGUAUGAGAAGGCAUAUACAGAUAGUGAUGAAUGCAGCUCUGAACAGUCAUCACCAGGCCACCGAGCAACCAUCUCUCGUGCACGAAGACAUGACAAGAAAAAACGUCGUUAAAUUAUCAACAUAACUGAGGCCACACAAUGCGAUUUCGGUGCCUUCCGGCUCCGCACCUUGUGCUAUCCUUUUCCACUGAAAGCACUUGAAAGGGAUAGCAAUAGAUUUCGACCUAUCUUCUUAGUUCAGUCUUUUUAUGAUAUAUUCUAGUAGAUAUUAAUUAGGAAUAAAAUAAAAUUGAUGUACUCAUUAAAUUAAGAUAUAUUGUUAAGGUACAAACAUUUAAUACAUAAUGUUAAAUACUCAGUUAUGUUUAUCAAAUAUUCAGUAAAAAAAGUUGAUAUUACUGUUAUCACUAAU